ACACAGAAUAUAAUGGUGUUAACGCCUAUGAUGGAGAUUGACACGCCGACUUCCAUGAUAGUCCAGAGGGCAUACGUGAAGAGGUCACUGACAUAGCUGGUGAUGCGACUGAAAGUGAAGAACCAAGGCUUUAUGGUAGCUAAGCUUUGUGCAUGACUUCCCAAUUGUCCUUGACCUGAGUUCUGUUGAUGAGCUCAGUCCCGUCUUCGCUCUGAAGUCUUGACCGCAUCUUUGGUGGAAUGGUCUCGAAAGUGAGUUUGCUCGUCGAAUUGUCGCGCACAGAAUUCAUGAAUGACUGAUCCCACUCUUUGUCGUUCAGAACACGGAGGGGUGGUGGUAGCCUUUGUUCGGUUGUAUCUCAAAGCUACCUACAGCGCUGGGAAUCCCAUCGACAUUGCUAUUGCGGGCAAGGAUCGUAAUUGUGGUAUGCUCGCAUUGAUUUGUGGAGCUCAGACUUUCGGUAUGGUCGGACUUGUCUUCCAGCUAGGGACAUAUGCUGAGCAAUUUGUCGCAAAUGGGAGAUCCGUGACAGUCGCCGGCGAUCUGACGCAAUCGGUCCAAGACAACGCAGACAUAUACCAGCAAAAUCACGAUGGAUUCAAAUAUGUCCGCGGACUAGAACGGAGAUGAGAGCGCCUCGAGGUGAGGGCACGAGCUCGACGGGGCUGCACGAUUGUCAAGAUACGACAGACUCUAAACUGUGGAAGAUGGCUCGACAUGUUAUCUCAAGUAUUCUUCGCGCACGAUUCAGCAUAAAUCUUAGCGAGGCAGGCGGCUAACAAGAGCAAAUGGCAG